CUGGCUGGCCACCGGCCGGCUGCCGCGCAACGUAUAGCGGAUUCGAUUCGCGCAUGUAGCAACUCUUUAUGUGAUUCACAAAUUGUUGUUUCGGGUCUGGGUGUCAUGAGUAUGUGACAUUGUAUGGUUUUAAACCCACCCACACCCACGACACAGGAGAAAAUCCUAGUGUGGGACAAAGUUAAAAAAAGAUCUUUUUUUGUAUGGGACAAGCCAGCAAAUGAGCAGAAGACCUUCGCCUGCGUUCCCGUAGAUAAAUCUAUGGGCCUGAGCCUAUUGCGGUAUUGCCUAUAUGUAUUGCUAAAUGGGAACUGGGGUUCAAAAUUUCACUGGUGACUGAGUGCUACGUCAACGUGACCAAACAAAUGAACCGAAAACAACCACAAGCGAUUGCGUGGCGUAGGCGCGGUUGGCGCAGCGAUUGGUCAGACCCAAUUGGAAACUUCCUUACCUUAUCUCAGGACACAAUUGACAGACAUUUGAAUCAAAGGUUACGUACUAUCACUACUAAGAGUCCUUAUACUUUUAAAAAUUGUUUGCCUUCGACCUAAACAUUAUGUCUGGCAACGAACGUGAUAAUCAAUAUUUUGUGAGUUAAAAUGUGGAUUAAAGUGUUCAUUAUAACAACAAUCCUGCAAUACUACAAUGCCGAAAUAGCAAUUCUUAUUCUCGCAAGAGGUGGCUCAAAAGGCGUGCGUCUAAAAAAUUUACAAAAGGUGGGCGAUAAAAGUUUGCUAAAACGCACCAUACAUACUGCUAAAGCCGCUGGAUUCUAUGACAUAACAGUUUCCACUGACAACCCAAUUAUUGCUCUUGAAAGUAUUAGAGAGAAUGUCACAGUAUUUCGUCGUAGUUUUGUAACUGCUACUGAUUGGGCGCCAUCGAUCUGGGGUGCUCGCGAAUUUUUGUUAUCCCGACCUAAAGUGGAACUAUUAAUAUUGCUGCAAGUAACUUCACCUUUUAUACAACCAAUACAGCUUAAAAGAGCUUUUGAAAUAAUAUCGCGCCCUGUUCCUUUCGAUUGUGUAUUUUCUGUAACAAGGUAUUUAUAUUUUUAGAAGUUAUAAACUUCGUUGGCGAUUUAACAAUGGAAAAUUGAC